AUGCUCAAGAAGAUUAAGGGCAAAUCAGACGAAUGUUUCACCGCUGAUAUGUUUGUGGAAGCUCAAAUAGAGGAGAGAGGCAGGCUCCAGACAGAGUUGGAGAAGAAAAAAAAGAAAAUUGAGGAAAUGAAAAGGGACUUGACUAAAGAAAGAAAAAAAGAAACAGAAAGACAGCAGAAAGAUGAUGAGGAGAGCCAGAGGAAUUUCAGAGAGUUUCAGGAAGAAUUUGAAAGAGGAAAGGAAGAGGAAAAAGAAAGGAGAAAGAAAGAGGAUGAAGACAGAGAGGAAGAGCACGAGAACAAGUUAAAGGAAAUUGAAGAACAGAAUCAAAAGAAAAUUGAGGAGAUGAUGAAGCAGCUCAACAGCUCACCAGUCAUUCAGAAUCCAGACAGCACCCCAGAUUGUGUCCGGAUCGUGCUGAUUGGGAAGACAGGAGUUGGGAAGAGUGCAACAGGAAACACCAUCCUGGGGAAAGAUGCUUUUAAAUCUGUACCUUCGGGUGAAUCAGUGACGACCUGUUGUCAGAAAGACACAGCACAAGUAAAUGGCCGAUCUGUUGCUGUUGUAGACACACCAGGGCUGUUUGAUACAGGUGCCUCAAAUGUAGAUGUCAUGAAAGAGAUUCUGAAGUGUUUCAGCUUGCUGGCCCCUGGACCCCAUGUGUUCUUGCUGCUUCAGGCAAUUGGUACCAGGAUGACACCAGAGGAAAAGGAGACGUUGAAACUCAUCAAAGAUACCUUUGGGACUGGAGCUGAAAAGUUUACCAUUAUCCUUUUCACAGAAGGGGAUGGUCUAGGUCAUCGUUCAGUUGAACAGUACAUCGAAAAUGAUGAUCCUGCAAUUAAACAUCUAAUCUCUGACUGUGAAGGACGGUAUCAUGUGUUCAAUAACAUUGAUAAAGGAAAUCGCAAACAGGUGACUGAGCUGAUGGAAAAAAUUGACAGGAUGGUGAAGAAGAAUGGUGGGGGUUGUUACACCAACAAGAUGUUCCAAAUGGUAGAAGCUGCAAUUAAAGAGAACUUUGAGAACAUGAUGAAAGAGAGGAUGUCGGAAAUUGAGAAACAGCUCCAGCAAGGGACUCUAAAGAAGAAGUGCGAAGAGAACAAGAAAUGA